CUAAAAGUGAGAUUCUUUCUGAAACCUCGAUGCCAGUUUUAAUGAGCAACUCGAAACAUGAAGAUUUAGAAAAUGGGAUUUAUAAUUCCACACAGUGACUGCUGACUGAAGCAGAAAAGGUUAGGCUUGACAGUAGCCAGCAGAGUGGCCAGGAACAUGAAAUGACCUUUCUAUGCACACUCAACCAGUGGUGAAAGAUGGAGAACCCUUAUUUUAACACAAACAAUGGCUCCUCACCCUUAGACCAGAGUCUAACCCAGAUAAAGAGACCAGUCUCACCAGUAUCCAGUCGAGUCUCUAUGAGGAGUGAUGCGUCCAUGCACAACCCUUUUACCUUCAAAGAUGGAGGCCCCUCAUCUGAACACAGGCUAAUGCAGAAAAAGAGACCAGAUUCAGCAGUAUCCAGUCGAGUCUCUAUGAAAAGUGAUGCAUCCAUGCAUAAUCCUUUUACUUUCAAAGAUGAAGGCCCUAUAUCUGGACACAGUCUAAUCCAGAUAAAGAGACAUCAUCCUUUUACAUUCAAAGAUGAAGCGCCCUCAUCUGGAUCCAGGCGUGAAUCUUCAUCUGCUGAAACUGAAGUACAGAAGAGAUGCAAAUUUCAUCUGAUAAAGAAGUUUCAGCAUGUACAUGAGGUGAUAAAAAACCAGGCAAACCAAAUACGUCUUAAUGAGAUCUACACAGAGCUCUACAUCACAGAAGGAGACAGUGGAAAAGUCAAUAAUGAACAUGAGGUGAGACAGAUUGAGGCAGCAUCCAGGAGAGCAGCAACAGAGGAAACACCAAUCAAAUGCAAUGACAUCUUUAAGCCCUUAUCUGAAGAAGACAAACCCAUCAGGAGUGUUCUGACAAAGGGAGUCGCUGGCAUUGGAAAAACAGUCUCUGUGCAGAAAUUCAUUCUAGACUGGGCUGAAGGGAAAACAAAUCAGGACAUUCAUCUCAUAUUUCCACUUCCUUUCAGAGAGCUCAACUUGAUGAAGGAUCAAACACUAAGCCUGAUGGAGCUCCUUCAUUUCUUUUCAAAGGAGAUAAACGAAACAAACAUUUCCAGCUUGGGCAAAGUUCUGUUCAUUUUUGAUGGUUUGGAUGAGUGUCGUUUUCCUCUGGAUUUCCAGAACACAGUGAGAUUGUGUGAUGUAACUGAAUCAGCAUCAGUGCAUGUGCUGCUGAUAAACCUGAUCAAAAGGAAUCUGCUUCCCUCUGCUCUCAUCUGGAUCACCUCCCGACCAGCUGAUCAAAUCCCCUCGGAGUGUGUUGAUCGAGUCACAGAGGUACGAGGGUUCAAUGACCCACAGAAGGAGGAAUAUUUCAGGAAGAGGAUCAGUGAUCAGAGCCUGAGCAACAGAAUCAUCACACACCUGAAGUCAUUAAGAAGCCUCUACAUCAUGUGCCACAUCCCAGUCUUCUGCUGGAUUUCAGCCACUGUUCUAGAGAGAAUGUUGGGUGAAGCAGAGAGUGGAGAGAUCCCCAAGACUCUGACUCAAAUGUACACACACUUCCUCAUCAUUCAGACAAACAUCAUAAAGAAAAAGUACACAAAGAACCAAGAGGCAGAUAAGGAACUUGUUCUGAAACUGGGUAAACUGGCUUUUCAGCAGCUGAGGAAAGGCAACCUGAUCUUCUACGAGGAAGACGUGAUGGUGUGUGGCAUUGAUGUGAAAGAAGCAUCAGUGUAUUCAGGUGUGUGUACACAGAUCUUCAGAGAGGAGUUUGGGCUUCACCAGAGUAAAGUGUACUGCUUUGUUCAUCUGAGCAUUCAGGAGCACCUCGCAGCUCUAUAUGUGCACCUGACGUUCAUGGCCGAAAAGAGAAAUGUUCUUAAAAAGCCAAUAUUGCCGAUAUUGAGGCUGAAAGUGAAGAUCUCAGAUGUACACAAGAGUGCUGUAGAUCAGGCUUUACAGAGUAAAAAUGGACAUAUGGAUCUUUUCCUUCGCUUUCUUCUGGGUCUCUCCCUGGAGUCUAAUCAGAUCCUCCUACAAACCGUAGUGACACAGACAGGAAGUAGCUCCCACAGUUACCAGGAAACAGUUUAUUACAUCAAGGAGAAGAUCAGAGAGAAUCCCUCAACAGAGAAAUCCAUCAAUCUGUUCCACUGUCUGUAUGAACUGGAUGAUCAUUCUCUAGUUGAGGAAAUCCAACACUACCUGCAAUCUGGAAAUUUACAACAAAUUGAACUUUCACCUUCUCAGUGGUCAGCUGUGGUGUUUGUGUUACUGGCAUCAGUGCAGGAGCAGGAUGUGUUUGUUCUUAAUAAAUACACCAACAAACACUGUACAUCAGACGAGGUUAUUCUGAAACUCCUGCCUGUGGUUGCAGCAUCCAGAAAAGCUGAUUUUAAAAGUUGUGGCCUAAAUGGGAAAAGUUGUACAGCUUUGGCCUCAGUGCUCAGCUCUGAAUCCUCCAAUCUGAGAGAACUGGAUCUGUCUAGAAGUGAAGUCAGAGACUCAGGUGUGAAGCGUCUCUCUGCUGGACUGGAGAAUCCUCACUGUAUACUGGAGACACUGAGGUUGUGUGAUUGUGGUGUCUCAGAUGAAGGCUGUGCUGCUCUGACUUCAGCUCUGAGAUCAAACCCCUCACACCUGAGAGAACUGGAUCUGUCUAAGAAUAAACUCGGAGACUCAGGAGUGAAGUGUCUCUCUGCUGGACUGGAGAAUCCUCACUGUAAACUGGAGACACUGAGGUUGUGUGAUUGUGGUGUCUCAGAUGAAGGCUGUGCUGCUCUGACUUCAGCUCUGAGAUCAAACCCCUCACACCUGAGAGAACUGGAACUGUCUGGGAAUAAACUCAGAGACUCAGGUGCAAGGCGUCUCUCUGCUGUACUGGAGAAUCCUCACUGUAAACUGGAGACACUGAGGUUGUGUGAUUGUGAUAUCUCAGAUAAAGGUUGUGAUGCUCUGACUUCAGCUCUGAGAUCAAACCCCUCACACCUGAGAGUACUGGAUCUGUCUUGGAAUAAAAUCAGAGACUCAGGAGUGAAGCGUCUCUCUGCUGUACUGGAGAAUCCUCACUGUAAACUGGAGACACUGAGGUUGUGUGAUUGUGGUGUCUCAGAUGAAGGCUGUGCUGCUCUGACUUCAGCUCUGAGAUCAAAUCCCUCACACCUGAGAGAACUGGAUCUGUCUGAGAAUAAAAUCAGAGACUCAGGAGUGAAGUGUCUCUCUGCUGUACUGGAGAAUCCUCACUCUAAACUGGAGACACUGAGGUUGUGUGAUUGUGGUUUCUCAGAUGAAGGCUGUACUGCUCUGACUUCAGCUCUGAGAUCAAACCCCUCACACCUGAGAGAACUGAAUCUGUCUAGGAGUAAACUCAGAGGCUCAGGAGUGAUGUGUCUCUCUGCUGCACUGGAGAAUCCUCACUGUAAACUGGAGACACUGAGUUUGUGUGAUUGUGGUGUCUCAGAUGUAGGCUGUGCUGCUCUGACUUCAGCUCUGAGAUCAAACCCCUCACACCUGAGAGAACUGGAUCUGUCUGAAAAUAAAAUCAGAGACUCAGGAGUGAAGUGUCUCUCUGCUGUACUGGAGAAUCCUCAAUGUAAAUUGGAGAAACUGAGGUUGUGUGAUUGUGGUGUCUCAGAUAAAGGCUGUGCUGCUCUGACUUCAGCUCUGAGAUCAAACCCCUCACACCUGAGAGAACUGGAUCUGUCUUGGAAUAAAAUCAGAGACUCAGGAGUGAAGCGUUUCUCUGCUGUACUGGAGAAUCCUCACUGUAAACUGGAGACACUGAGGUUGUGUGGUUGUGAUAUCUCCGAUGAAGGCUGUGCUGCUCUGACUUCAGCUCUGAGAUCAAACCCCUCACACCUGAGAGAACUGGAUCUGUCUGAGAAUAAACUCAGAGACUCAGGAGUGAAGCGUCUCUCUGCUGUACUGGAGAAUCCUCACUGUAAACUGGAGAAACUGAGGUUGUGUGAUUGUGAUAUCUCAGAUGAAGGCUGUGCUGCUCUGACUUCAGCUCUGAGAUCAAACCCCUCACACCUGAGAGAACUGGAUCUGUCUGAGAAUAAACUCAGAGACUCAGGAGUGAAGCGUCUCUCUGCUGUACUGGAGAAUCCUCACUGUAAACUGGAGACACUGAGGUUGUUUAACUGUGGUGUCUCCGAUGAAGCCUGUGCUGCUCUGACUUCAGCUCUGAGAUCAAACCCCUCACACCUGAGAGAACUGGAUCUGUCUAAGAAUAAGCUCAGAGACUCAGGAGUGAAGCAACUCCUCAGUCUUAAACUACAGGACUUGAGGGUGUGAGGUAUUUUCAUCUGAUGCAGAUUCCAGAGAAUAUGUUUUUAAUGAAAUGUGCUCGACUCUCAGCGGCAUUUCCUGGACAUUUUUUUUCUCACACUGGGAAAUAAUCUGAAUUAAAUGUAAUACAUUUCCACAAAGUGUAAUUGCAGACAGUGUGUCAGUGAUGUACAGAAUCACUUCAUUUGUAAGAUAUAUUACAGAGAUUAAUAGAGUGAAAGGGGGAUUAUGGAGAGAAUAAUGUCUGUACAUCAGAAAUAUGUAUGAAAUACUUGUUUCAGACUCGAAAACAGAGAAAAAGAAGAACCUUCUCCAUUUUCCUAUGCCCAAAUUUUCUGGACUAUUAGGGCAUUUAAGGUCUUUGUGGUUUUUGAGAUGUAGUUGGAAUGGACAUUUUGCUGAAACCUGUAAACCCUGGUUAAUAAUAUGACACAGCUGAAGGUAAAGUCUAAACCCACUCGUAACAAGCUGCGAGACUGUACGCUGGAUGACUGUAAAUUGUCGAGUCUCAACUGCCUUUUAUGGAGUUGCUGUAAAAAUCUGCUCCACUAAAAUCUAUGGUCAUGAGCUGCUGCUGCGUGUAGCUGUGAUUCUUCAUGCAUCAUAGGACUUUACAGAGUGGUGUUGCAGCGCUACUAUUAUCAGCAAUAAGCACUUACUGAAGCUCAAUUAAUUAUUUUUAUUACUACACAAUUCCACAGUUAUACACUACAGAAUCCGGACAUCAUGGCAGAACUCAGGUUCUGGUUAAGGUUCUAGUUGCUCUGGUCUUCACUUCAGCCCAUGUCUUCCACCAUUCUACCCCUCUAUCACAUCAUCUGGUUGGAAGACUCUAAAAGAGCUCACCAUGGCUGAAGCAGUGACUAUUUACUCGACAAGUUCACUAUUUACUCAGAUGCUUAACUUGGGCAUUGUUGAACAAAGUGUGAUAGUGUGAAAGUUUAUUUUUUACUAGAACUUCUGUAUCUUCUGUAACUCAAAAUGUAGCUAUUAUAAGUGUGAUUAUAUAGUGACAUGUAUGAGUACAGUAUAAUACAGUGGAAAUAUUAUGUUGUGACAGGGAGUCAAAAGUGAAGCCAAAAUGUCUCUGAGGCCCUCUAGUGACUGGCUGCAGUACAGUUUUUAACCCUGCCCAUUUCCAUGAAAGGUGUCAGACUUCCAUUAUAAGUUACAUCUCCACAAAUAUUUUCAGGAAUAGUGUUCUGUCAUUUUUACAAGUUCAGUUGACCCUGAUAUCUUCCUUAAGGUAAAUGCAUUUUAGAGGAGUUAUUUGGUAACAAAUAAAUAAAAGGGUGUGGUUGAUGAGGUGAUUGACAGUUUUGGACAUGACAGUCGAGCCUAAUGAACAUGCACACACUUUCCAACACACACCUGAAGUUCUUGACAGUUUUGUAGCAAAACCAUGUCUUGUUCUGCUAUAAACUCUUCUAACUCUUGCAGUUUUUCUGGUAUGUUGCUGUUUGAUGUCUAAGCUAGCUCAUUGUACUGAUAUAACUAGGAAACGAACGUGAGUGAGCGAAAUGACAGCAUAAACCAAGGCAGCUAACACUAGCUAAAUUAAUCUCAAUGAAGCUGCUCCCAAGCAACACAUGAAGCUCUCCUGGUUUCACUACAUCAGUGUGGUCGGUGUUCUGUGCAGUAAAUCGCCACCAGAUAUGGGAGGUCAUUCCACCCAAUCCUGCAAUUAUCACUAUCAUUCCCAGUAUGAGCAAAUGAAUUCCCCCAUAAGGACUAUGGAUUCAUUAGUGUAUGGAGUAACCUGGCCCACCUUCUAUAAGAAGGUUAAACACUCCUAACUGCUAUUGGGUGCAUAAGCACAAACAACAGUCAGAAGUUUCUUUCCUGAGACUUGAAAUCUCAUGGAGAUGACCUUCUUGUCCACUGGGAAAAACGCCAAUUUCAAGGCCCCAGCCCAAGACUAGUGAGUAUCUCCACACCCGCCUGAGACCUAUCUAAUGUCGGACCAUGCAGAAUGGUUUUAGUAGUGUACUGGUUAAAAAUAGGACUUAAACUUUAGAAAAAUAAAAUUAUGAAGGAUGUCUUUAACAACCUAAAAUGCACACACAAAAAUACUAGUAACUCAUACACACGUAACUAUACAAAGAACUUUCUGAGGAACCCUUGGAUAACUCUAAGAGCUUAAAUACUAAGUGAUUAUUGUAAUAGUAUUUCUUUAGGUUAUGUAUGAAUCUUACUUUUGUUUUUAAUUUUCUACUUUUUCCAAAAUACUAUUUCAUGUUCAUUUUUUCAGUGUACACUUCCACUUAUAUUUGCUUAAUUCUGGGUUACAAAAGUUACACAUGUAGAAAAGCGUGUUUGUGUAUCCAUCCUUCUCUCACACUAUCACUUUAAACACACUGUUCAACUGUACAGUUUACAAGAAAGGUAAGAUUUAAAUUGACGUAAGAACAGUGAAUGCCAGAAUUCUCAAAAAUUAAUCAACAAGUAAAACAUGGCCACUGCUUCAGCCAUGGUGGUCUCUUUUGGAGUCUUUCAGACAGAUGAUGUGAUAGGGUGGUAGGGUGGCAUGGCAGAAGACGGGGGCUGAAGUGUAGACUAGAGAAAGUGUGCAAUUAGUGACCUCUACUGGAACCUUAACCAAAACCCUGUUACUCAAAACACUCUAUUGAGUGGAUAUUUAAAAUAAUGAUAAUAAUAAUAAUUGUACAUAUGUCUAACAGUAUGCCAUUUUGGAAUGAAAUGAUAAGGGGUGUGUGUAAUGUCAGUACUAAACAGGUUCAGUGGGAUGUCUUGUAAAAAUAACUUUUCAGAUAGUUUUAAUCUAAUCUUCUAACAGUGAAAAUGUCCAUGUAGAUUUGAAAACAGGUGAAUGCUAAUCAGCCUUUCUUUGUCUGUUUCCUCAUUUUCCAAAUAAAAUUAUUUACAUCAUCCUUC